AUGCUGACCUCACUGCUGACGCCAACGCCACAGGCUCCCUUUCUCUUGCCGUUUUCCUUCUUUGCCUUUCCCUUUGUGCUCUCCCUUUGCCUCUCCCUUUGUGCUCUCUCUUUGUGCUCUCCCUUUGCCUCUCCCUUUGCCUCUCCCUUUGCCUCUCCCUUUGUGCUCUCUCUUUCCCCUCGUUCUCUCUUCCUCCCCUCACUUCUCCCUUCACCCCCUCACCCUCCUCUCACUCUAUCUUCCCAUUCUUCCCUCACUGCCUCACACUCCAGUUCCUUCUCCCCUCCUUCUCACCUGCUUCCCUCCUCCUCCCCCUCCUCCUCCCUUCAUUCUCGAGUCCUCCUUUUCCCCUCACUCCCUCACCCACCUCACUCUCUCAUUUCCCUCACUCCCUCGCCCCGCUCACUUUCUUGCCACCCUCCCCCCCGCAGCAACGGCACCACUAAAGACUGCGACAUUCUUUACACCAUCGGCGUGACUCUCACCAACCCCGGCGAGCCCACCCGCGUCGUCAUCAUGAAGGGCGCUGAUGUGGCACUCACCGUGGCCACCAGCAGCGCCACGUGGACCAAUCUCACGCUCUCGGACGCCGAGCGCGCCAAGCUGGUCGCCGAACGAACUCCCUCCAGUAAACCCUGCCCUUUCGAAUACGACCGAUGCCUAAUCCUUAAAGCCGAAGAAGCAGCCAAGCUGGCCGAGCUACCCCCCCUCCCUCCCCUCGGCUACGCCUAUGAAACCACCGGCACUUGGCUAAGCGCCAGUACUUUGAAGGCAGAUAACGGGCAGACGUACAAAGAGCUGGCGGAUGCCAUGCUGGCUGCUCCUGACGCUUACUCUGCUCUCGUCUUUGCCGAGGUUGAGGCUGGGACGGCGAGUGGUGCUUUUGCCAAUAGUACGCUGACAGCUGGCAAUGGGACUGUGGCAGGUACCCAGGCUGCCAAAUUGAGCGUUAAGUUGUUGGGCCAUAGAACUUAUGGGGCAUAUGGUCGAGGUUACCCUUAA